AUGGACUCCACAAAGAAGGUCCAGGCGUCCGUGAUAAACGCCGGAUGCCGCUUCUCUCGUCCGGCAUCUAGCCGACGAGCUCACGUCAUCAUUGCAAUGGCUUUACUCAUCUCCAUCAGCACCUACUUCCUGCACAGCCUCGACGAUCGCGUAUUACGUCGAUCCUUUGAGGUCAGUCUUUUGCAGCAAAUCCUUUAUAGACCGUCGAUCUCAUGCGCCAACGAGUAUCAUCAAUAUUCUUGGUCUCUUUCACUGUCAGAGCACUCCAUACCGCCCCAUAUCUGGCAGAUCAGUGUACCGAAAGCCAACGGCAUGAAUGACUCCGCGAGAUGGACGACGAUGGAGCACAUCAGCACGUGGCUGGCCCUCAACGGAGGACAUACGUACGCUCUAGUCGACGGCAAAAGCAGCAACAGCUUUGUGAAGUCACACUACGGUAAUACCUCCGAUGUUUAUCACACGUACGAGAAACUGGGCAAUGCUGGUAUGGGGUCUAGUCUGCUUCGAUAUCUCCUCCUGGAAGCUGGAGGCGGAAUCUAUACCGAUCUAGACACUGUCGCCCUGAAGCCCAUUGAUACAUGGGUUCCAGGCCAUCUGCAGAGUCGUGUCCGCUUAGUUGUCGGCAUCAUAUACGAUCAGCAAGACCAUGCGCCACAAAAGGACAAAGCUUACCCGUUGCAGUUUGCCCAUUCGACAAUUGCUGCUGCACCUGGGCAUCCGGUUAUCCACAGC